AUGGCCGAUUCCGUCAGGAUCCCCCCCGCUGACAUCUACCCCUCGCCUCCUAGUACCCCUACCGAUCAGCGCCCCGUCGGUGGCCGCAAGCCCAAGGGCGACGAAGGCAACGGCCUUGUCCCCAAGUCUGGCGAUCUGACCAAGGGCGCCCUCCCCAACAGCGGGAUGGAAGCACCCGGCGCCUCCUUGCCGGAAGACGAGAAGAGCAGUCUCAAGAUUAAGAUCCACCUGAACCUCCACGCCAAGGUGCGCCUCGACCUGGAUGCGCAGAUCUAUGGUGAUGUGGUCAUUGGUCUCCUGUAG